AAUGACUCUCAAUGCCCCUGCCUUCCUCUUCCUUCUCCUCUCCGCGCGUCCUGACCCACUGGUCAGCACAGCCGUCUCUCCCAGAUGAGUUCCCCGCACCUCGAGGUGUCGCCGCUCCGGCUCCGCCGCGAAGCAGCCGCCGGCAAUGGCAGGGUGGGCUCGCCCGCUCCCGCUUGGGCCUCCUGCGGGGUCGGCUUCCGAUGCGAUCGUUGCAGCGGUCUCUUCUGCAACAACGACGUCCUGGAAUUGCAUCACCUCGUCUACCAUGCCGCCACUGAGCUGGUGGACAGCGACACGACAAGCAAGUGGUGGAGCUCAAAUAUGAGGUCGGGUGGCCUAAUCCCGACGGCAACGAGCAACGAGCACCCCCGCUGCAUCGCCGACGGCAACGAGCUGCUCCAGUUCCACGGCACCACCGUCUCCUGCUCCCUCGGCUCGCCCCGCCGGCCCUCGCUGUAG